AUGCCCUCUGAACUGAAAAAUGCAGAAGCGACCUAUCAGAGGUUAGUGAACAGGAUGUUUAUCAAACAGAUUAAGAGGAACAUGGAAGUAUACGUGGAUGACAUGCUCGUCAAGAGCAAGGAAGAGUUUGCUCACCUAGACGACCUCCAAGAGACGUUCUCCACUCUCAGGGGGAUAGAAGCAAACCUAGAGAAAGUGCGAGCCAUACUAGAGAUGGCAUUGCCCAAGACUGUGAAGGAAGUCCAGAAGCUCACAGGAAGGCUAGCAGCACUCAACAGGUUCAUCUCUAAAGCAACAGAAAAAUGCCUACCCUUUUUCAAGAUGCUGAAGCAAGCCUUCACCUUAACGGACGAAUGUGAAAAAGCUUUCCAGGAGCUCAAGCACUGCCUGAGCAAUCCACCUUUGCUGAGCCCGCCCAAAGAGGGAGAAACCUUGUAUUUAUACUUAGCAGUGUUAGCUACAGCUGUGAGUGCAGCCUUAAUUCAGGAGGGGGACAGAAUGCAAUUCCCAGUUUACUACGCAAAUCCUAUCUUGGUGAUGAUAGACCAACCUAUAAAGAAGUCUAUGAACAAGCCCGAGGUUGCAAGAAGGAUGAUCCAGUGGGCGAUCGAACUUAGCCAAUUCAACAUUGAGUCCCACCCCAGGACAGCUAUCAAGGCACAAGCACUAGCAGACUUUAUCACCAAAUUCAUGAUCUCGGACGAGGAAGGGGCGUUAGACGAGACAAAGAGAUGGACGAUCCAGAUUGAUAGUUUGUCAGCUCGGAAGAGGGUGGGAGUAGGGGUCGUGGUCAUCACCCCAGAAAGAGAGACGCUUAAGUACGGAGUUCAGCUGACAUUCCCGGCCACCAACAAUGAAGUUGAAUACGAAGGAAUACUGACGGGACUAAGGGUUGGAAAGGAGUUUGAUUGGGUAGAAUUCACACAAGUCCCCAAAAGCCAGAACAUGGAGGCAGACGAGCGAGGGAAGCAGGCAUCGUCAGAAACAGGACCAACGAGUACAGACUUAAAGAUGGAAGUACAGAAAAGUCCUAGCAUUGAAGAGGAUGGACGGCUUCUACAGGACGUUGAGAAGGCUAGGAAAGUCAGGAUGAGGAUAGCCAGGUUCACUAUCUUGAACGAUGCCCUGUACAAAAGAGAUUUCUCCAUACCCUACCUGAAGUGCAUCAACGAGGAUGAAGCCAAAUACAUUCUGGAAGAGAUCCAUGAAAGCAUAUGCGGAGACCAUGAAGGCCCAAGAUCCCUAGUAAGCAAGAUUAUUAGAACAUGUUACUUCUGGCCUACUAUGCAGAAGGAUGCAAGGGAGUUUGUCAAGAGAUGCGACAAAUACCAAAGGUUUGGAAAUGUUCAACAUAUCCCAACAGAGAGACUAACACCAACAGCCUCUCUAUGGCCAUUUUCCCAAUGGGGAAUUGAUAUCGUUGGUCUAUUACCCUAA